AUGAAGAUAAAAACAAUACUGACUAGUUUCUUUCUGAUAUUUCUAAAGUUUGUUUAUGAUUUCUUGGUAUUUGUUAAUCUAUAUAAUAUAAUUUUAUUUCAAAAUAGUUCAAGUGCUGAUAAUAUUGGUGUUUGUGCGUUUCUUUGGAAAUUCUGUUCUCAACUUGCACCGUGUGGAUUAUCACAAGAAUGUUCUGAUCCAGAUCACAUCUGCGUUCAUCAUUCUCAAUGUAGUAAUCAGCCUGUUUGUUAUCCAUUAUCGAUGAUUAACGAAAACAUUUGUCCACCACAAUCGAAUAGUAUAAUGACAAAUACAACAUUGACGACCACGAUGUCAAUGGAAGUAACAACAACAAAAAUAAAACUCAACGAAUGGAAACAACAAGCUCGAAUUGUGAUGGGAGCAAAUGGAAGUGGAAGUGAAUUAAAUCAAAUCUUGUUGCCUCAAAGAAUUUUGCUCGAUAAAGAUCAAAACAUUUUUAUCGCGGAUUGGGGGAAUCAUCGAAUUGUUCAAUGGAAAUUAAAUGAAAACAGUGGAAAAGUUGUUGCUGGUGGAAAUGGAUACGGGAAUAGAACUGAUCAGUUGAAUUUUCCAAUAGAUAUGAUUGUUGAUGAAGAAAAUAAUUCGGUGAUCAUUGCUGAUCGAGGGAAUAGCAGAGUUGUUCGAUGGUUUAAUGAAACAAAACAAGAGAUUCUCAUCGAAAAUAUUGGAUGUUUUGGCUUAAGACAAGAUAAAUUUGGAUUUCUUUAUGUUAGUGAUAUGAAGAAGAAUGAAGUGAGAAAGUGGAAAAUGGAAGAAAUAAAAGGAAACGAAGGAAUUGUUGUUGCGGGAGGAAAUGGUGAAGGAAAUCAAACGAAUCAAUUUGAUAGACCUCACUUUAUGUUUGUUGAUGAUGAACAAUCAAUUUAUGUUUCAGAUUUAGGGAAUCAUCGUGUGAUGAAAUGGAGAAAAGAUGCGAAAGAAGGAAUUGUUGUUGCUGGUGGAAAUGGUCUAGGAAAAGAACUGAAUCAAUUGAAUUCUCCUAAGGGAAUAUUUGUUGAUGAUGACGGUCAAGUUUAUGUAGCAGAUUCUUGGAAUCAUCGAAUAAUGCGAUGGAGUGAAGGAAAAGAAGAAGGUGAAAUUAUUGUUGGUGGGAAUGGAAAAGGAAAUGAAUUAAAUCAAAUGUCUCAUCCUUUUGAUUUAUCAUUUGAUGUCGAAGGAAAUCUCUAUAUUAGUGAUUGUGAAAAUAGUCGAAUCUCAAGAUUUGAUUUAAUUGUUCAAUGA